AUGGAGAUUAAACGGAAAAGAAAGAUGACUUACUUCACAAUUGGACUGAUCUUUCUUCUAAGUGGUAUGGAAUAUGCUGUGAUCUUGCCCACAAUAUGGAGGUACCUGCAGACUCUGGGGGCAGCGCCUUACUUCCUAGGUCUGGGCCUAUCGGCAUUCAGUCUGUCUGGUCUCCUCUCGGGCCCUCUGUUUGGCCAUUGGUCUGACAAGACUCACGCCACCAAGAAGAUAAUCCUGUUUGCAAACCUCUUUGAAAUUGUUGGUAACUUCAUGUAUUUCAUGGGCUACUCCAAGUGGCUUUUGAUCUCUAGCAGACUAGUGGCAGGUGUUGGUACAGGUGCUGGUUCGUCCAUCUUCGGCUUCAUGGGUCGAUGCACAGCCCACGAGGACCGCUCCACAGUUUUCGCAUCGGUCAUGGCGUGCCGACAGAUUGGCCUAAUGAUUGGUCCCGUAUUGAAUCUCUUCCUGAGGCUUUGUGACUUCAAGUUGGGGCCAUUCGUGGUGAACAAGUACACUGCACCUGGGCUUUUUAUGUGCUUCAUGUGGACCCUCCUCCAGCUGGUCGUGGUCUUCAUGUUCUGGGACCUCCCUCCCCGGGAGAGCUGGUGGGGGCGGGAGCGGCGGGAGCAGCGGGAGCCGAGGCAGCCGAGGGGGCAGGAGGAGGGAGCCGGGGAGGGGAAGCCCUUGCUCGGGCAACGCCCAGACAUCCUCGGGUCCUACGGCUCGGUGGUGACCCCUGAUCCUCCGAGGUCAACUGCUAACCCGGCCAACUCCAACCUGCCUCACGUCUCUCCUACCCCCUCGCCCCCAAUCGAAGGGGUGGGUGACUCUCGCUCUGCGAGUUUCAGUAUGAGCCGAGAGUUCCUAAGGGAGGAGGUGGUUGUGCUGUUCACAGCUCACUUCGUCAUACUGUUUAACCAGACGGCACUGGAGACCGUCGUGACGCCGUUGACCCAGCAGUACUUUAACUUCGGGGAGUUGGAGAACAGCAUAAUUUACUGCAUCUGUAGUGUGGAGGUGAUCACAGGCUUCCUGUUUGUCCACUGGCUGUGCCGCCGUACCACCGAGAGGGUGGUGCUGGCCGUGGGCCUUAUCCUCUGCCACAUCUCCUGCGUAUGGUGCCUAAUCUUCCUGGCCAACCCACAGGGUAAUUUCCCCUGGCAGUUAGCAGAGUUCAUCAUUGGGGUGUUUCUGCAGAUUUCGGGGCUCCCCUUUGUUGCUGUGGCCCAGGUGUGUCUCUUCUCCAAAAUCACUUCGGUAAAGUCUCAAGGGUUGAGCCAGGGGGUGCGUCGCUCUGUGGGUGGUCUGGCCACUAUCUUGGGCCCCCUAUGGGGGGGUGGUUUGACGGGACACAUGUACAUCAUGCUGGGGUUGAUGAUGGCUCUACUGGCCCUGUUCGCUAUCAUGUUCUCCUUCUCCUAUCCCCGUCUGGUGGCUCCCACUGUGGUGGACCAUGCAAAUUGCAUGGAGGAGUGUGACAAAUGCGGGGGUUUGCGAGUGUGAAGUGAGUCUCUUCCUACCUGAAUUCAUCUCAGGACAUGUGCUUCCUCAAUCUCUGAAGACUCACAUACAUUGCGCACACGCCGUACAAGAUGACUGUAAGAGCCUGUACUAGAUGAAUGUACUUCUGCAAAUAUAGUAUCAAAAUGGAAACUAAAUACUGUGGAAUUAGGUGUAAUGUACAAACAUUUAUAAAGGUGUUGGUUAUCCACAAAACAUCACAACUUCGUGAAAGUGUUUCUGAUUAUUUUUUAUAGCUCAUAACCUAAUCACAUUUCACAUGAUUGUACCACUGACUGAAAUACUUUCAAACACUGACUCCAACAAAGAUUUUAUAGGAAAUGAACAGAUCAGCUUUUUAUUUUAUGUCGAGACAAAUGGUCAAAACAUUACCUCACCCCCACACACUGCCCAGAGUUUUCAGCUGACUGAAAUGUAUGAAUGCAUUUUGGUUUUGUUUGAUGGCUGAAUAUGAUUAUGAAAUGCAGUGCCCUUUUUGAACACUGGUGGGGGCCCUCAUCCCUUUUCCUUUACUGUGGUGAAACUGAAGACUGUGUGCCAGAGCCUCAAGUAGAUGGCGAUCCUGGUCCCAGAUCCGUUUGUGCUCUUGACGACGCCAUUGCUGUCGACGUUAAGCCAAACCGUUUAGUGACAAGGAGUUGGCACAAACAGGCUGGCACACUGGCAACAAAAUAGCCGAAGAGAACAUAUUUAUGAAAAUCACACUUUCCACAGAACGAGGGCAAGGGGAAAUACUAGAUCACUACUGACUGUAAUAAAUAAUGGCUUUAUGAAUGGAGUCAUGUUUAAGUUAUACUGGUCUGGAAGUCUUGUGACACAGCUGUAAAGAUGACUAUGGCUCAAAGUAAUCCACUAUUUUUGCACUUGAGGUAUUAUGUUUUGGUCAG